CGAGGAAGCAAACGCAAAGAAGAACACCACAUACGCAAAGAGAUUGGUUACGGAGCUUCGCCGGUGAGAUUAAGAUACCAUGGGUGAACCAAAGAGGUCUAAUUUCUCAGUUACAUGCAAUCGCUUGAGCCAAUACCUCAAGAAAACUCGGAGCUUUGCGGAUCCUGGAUUGUAUCGGCCUCCUACGACUUUGAAUUUGUUGCCCGGAAUUGACAUAUCGGCCGAAAACCAAACCUAUACAGAGGAUGCUUUUUUGGUUUCGGACCGAAAUGCUACGAACCCACAGUUGACAUUAUUUUAUGGAGGAAAAAUGAUGGUUUUUGAUAACAUUCGACCGGAAAAAGCUGCAGAUUUAAUCAAUUUGGCAACUGUAGGGAGCUCUUCUGCAAAAAUUGAAACUCCUGAAAUACCAAUGCCAUUGCAAAGAAGGGCUUCACUGCAUAGAUUCAUCGAGAAAAGAAAAGAUAGGAUUAAUUCGAAGGGACCAUACCAAAUGAAAAGCUCUUCUAAAAUUAUGUCUACUUCAAGAUCUCAAGAGGCAAGAUCAUGGCUUGGAUUGGGACGAGAGGUCUAAAAAAAUAGGCUAUGUUUGAAGAACAAUGGAAUAGAGAUUUUGUUUGUUAACAAAAGGCUAAUUUGGGGAAUUUUCAAAUCCCUUUCUAAAUACAUAUGUGAGGACUAAAUUAUCCAAAUUUUGGUGGGUAAUGGAUUUGUUGCCCUUUAGCUUUGUACUGGCAUAACGGAUGAUUGUGUCCCACGUAAGACCAAUUAUGUAAUUUGAAAAUGAUGCAUGCCAAGAUUGACUUUAUAUAUAUGUACUUUGAGGAGGAUUCUAUGAAAA